AUGUUUAAUGAAGAAUUAGGUGUCAUUGAUUAUGAAGUUGAAAGUGAUGAUUCAAUUUAAUUGAUAGAAAAUCCUUAGGAAAUUGUCAUUUCAACUCCAAUAUAAGAAUAAAAAUAAAUACCAUAAUAGAUUGUAUAAUAAAUACCAGAAUAACCAAAUAUAGAAAAUACAGAAAAUAUUGAAAGAUAAUAAUUGGAAGAAGAAUAAAUGUUACGUAGACCUUAUGCAUUAAGAUGGAAAAAGAAAUCAAUUAAGAAAUUAGAAAAAAUAACUUCAAAAAUGACUGAUUAAGAUUUAGAUGAAAUUAAAGAUAUUUUAACUAAAAAGGUAGUAAUCUCUGAUAGUAAAAUCAAUAAUAAUAAUAACUAUAAUAAUAAUAAUGAUGUAAUCAUUUCUGGUUCAAUUCUAAAAAAUCCAUAAACUACACUCAAUCAAGUUCAAAAAUAAAAAUAAUUUUAAGUCCUUGUUGAACAUUUUGCAAAUAAACCUGAUUUUCUAGAAGCAAUUAUUGCUUAAGAUUUGGAAUAAGAAAAUGCAAAUUAAGAUGGAGGUAUACUCAAAAAACCUAUGAUUGUACCUCCAAAAGCAGGUUUAAAGAAGUAACCAGGAAGAAAAAAAACAAAUGUCACUUUUGAAGAUUAAUCAUAACCACCAAAUGGAGGAAUUCAAUUUAUUAAAACAAGUGUUCUACCUUAAAAAUAACCUCCUCCACCACCAUAACCUCAAUAAUAAAUUCAAAAUAUACUUUCAAAAUUCUAAGAAAUUAGAGAAAAAUCAGUAGCUCCAACAUAAUCUUAAUAAACAACUGCAAUAUAAGAAAUAUAAGAUGUACCUUUAGGAACAGGUGCAUGGUAUCCUAAUAAAUAAGAUAGAAAGAGUUAACCUUUUAUACCACCUCAUGCUGGAUCAAAUCCUAAAAUAUUACCUACAAUAAAUUCAGUUUAAAUGAUAUCUCCAUCUUAAGCUGCUUAAUAGUCUUUAAAUCAUAAAUUUUUAGGAAUGAAUUAAAAUCAAUCUAGACUCAGCAAUAGUCCUCCAAGAGUAAGAGACAUGAUUACUUAAUAAUAUACAUCUUCAUAUUAAGUUGAUAGACCUCCAAUUAUGCCAAGUAGACAAUAACCUGUAUUUUAAUAAUAGAUACUGGAAAAGAAUAUCAAUUAUGAAUUGAAUCAAGUAAAGAAAAAUAAGGAAUAAUUAAGUAGUCAUUAAUAAUCUUAAUUGAGGGAGUCUUAAAUAAAACUAUAGGCAAAAUUAUAAGAAAGUGUUAAGAGAUAAAGUGUUGCAUAACCAACAAUAGAGGAAAAUGAUUCUGAUUUUAUGGAUGACAUAAUGGAUAGUCAAGCAUUCAUAGAUUUUAAGAGAGCUGGCAACUUAAUAUGUGGAUCUUAAUAAUCAUAAAUAUAAUAAUAAUAUUGGCAAGAGAUUAAUUUCAAUACAGAUAUUCCUAAAGAUUAUUAUAUGAAUGAGAAAUUUAGAGUUGAUGUGGGACAAGAGAUUGAUAUUUGUGAUGCCUAUGAAUUAUUUAAAUUGUAUUUUGAUUAAAGUAUUUUCAAAUACAUCUGUCAAAUAUCAAACAAACGGUAAUGUAUUAAAAUUGAUGAAGAUAUUUUAGAAUCAUUUAUUUCAGCAUUAAUAUACAUAUUCUAUAUCUAAUUAUUAGGUAUGAGAGAGAUUAAAAGAGUUAGAUUUGAUCAUAUACUUGAUUAUGUUACAUUUGGUCAUAUUUGUAAAGAAAUUAGAAUAGAUGAAUUGGAAGAUUAUUCUUUUAUAUUUGAUAAAAUAAGUAAGAAUUUUAAAAGCAAUUAUUAACCAGAAGAAUUCUUAACUCUAGAUUCUCCAAUUUUCUAUUAAAAUCAUAGUGUUGAAGGUUUAAUAUCACUUUCUGAUGGAAUGAAAGGGUAUGUAUUAGAUUUCAUUUAUGGAAUUAAUGAUUAAAAGAUUCUUUAAAGUUUAUAAAAAUAUUAAGGUAAACAUCAUAAAGUAUAUUUGGGACCUGAUGUUUCAUCUUUGAAUUUAAUAUCUUAAUUGAAAAAGAAAUAAUUUGGUUCAUUAGCAAAAUUAGUAGACAAACAGGUAUUUUACUUAAAUAUAUAUAUAGACCCAAUUGAGUUAAGAAUAAAUUUAAGAAGUGAAAUAAAAUGCAUAAAAAGGUAAAAGCACUUAAUUAUUAUCAUCUGACAAUUAGAUGAUUAUGUUAAUUUAUGCAGAAAGACAAUAACAUUUAUAAUAAGUUGAAGGAUUUGUAUCUUCAUUUGCUGAUUUCACAAGACUAAAACCUCAAGAUACUAAAAUUAAGAGUGAUGUCAAUAAACCUAUCAUUUUAUAUCUUUAUGAUAAAAUAAAGACAUAAUAUGAUAAAAGAGGAAAGACUUAUCAAUAUUCUUAAAUACCACAUCAAGAUGCAAAUUAACAUUUAGAAAUUCUAGUUUAAUUAGUCUAUUCAAGCAUUUAUAAUGCUAAUAUUUUAAAUAAAAUUAAAAAUUAAUAGUCUUCAUUAGCACCAGACAAAGCAAAAUAAAUGUAUCUAGAAUUUGUAAAAUAAUUAUUACAUUCUCUUUAUGUACGUAGUUUUAAAAGAAGAGGUAUUAACUAAUUUCCAUAGAAUCAUACAUUGGAAUCUGGAGAUACUGGAACAUUUAGUUGUAUUGAAUGUGGAGAAUCUAGUUAAACUAUUUGUAGAGAAUGUUCAAAUCAUUUUUAAAUGUUAAUUCCAGUUUGUAGAAGUAAAAAUGAAUAAUGUUUAAAAUCACAUAUAGAAAUGUUAGCAAAUCAACCAAAAAUUACAAAUCCAAAUAGAAAACUAACAAAUAAAUAAGCUAUUGUUAAAUUUGAAUUUUAUCGUUCUUAAAUUGAAGCUUCUAAAGACCCAAAUGCAUAAUCUGCAUUACCAGUUAUUGAAGAUACUCUAUAAUAAUUGGAUAGUUUGGAUCCUGAUGAAGAAUUAUCUAUUGGAAUCCAAACUUUAUUAGUUUCAUUAUCAGAUUUAAUAUAAAAAAUGUUCUAAUAACCUAACAUAUUUGUUCCACCAAAAAAUUAAUAAAGUAGAUAAGAAGUUUAUAGUUUGAAUUAAAUAGAUCCACCUAUUAAAUCAACAUAACAAUUAUCAAAAUCUAUUUCUUAGAUUUAUAAUAAUAAAUAGGAAGUUGUUUAAAGUUCUUAAGUUAUACCUUAAAUAAUAAAAACUAAAAUUGGAGAAUAAUAAAAAAAUAUUGAUUGUUAAAUCCAAAAAUUGUAAGCUAGAGUAGCUAAGAUUAAUAAAUGA